AUGGAGGACGAUAAAGCUGCCAAAGUCAAGAAGAAGGCUACCGCUCAUCGCAAGUCUCUUUCUUGUGAAUAUUGCAGCCGAUCUUUCGCCCGCCUGGAGCAUCUCCAACGCCAUCUCCGCACUCAUACCAAGGAGAAGCCCUUCUCAUGUGACAUUUGCUCCAAAUCUUUUGCGCGAAGUGACUUAUUAGUGCGACAUGAGCGCUUGGUCCAUCCCGCUGAGACUGCAGCUGGUCGAGAACAUCGUACACAGAAUGGAAACGAGAACAGUCACCAUGAAAUUCCAAUUCAGUCGUCCAUUACCCAACCUGCCCACCACGAGUCGCGCAUGCUAGAGUUGGCCGACGCUAUUCCCGUCCAUACCCAAGUCCCUCCUCCUCCACCUCCCGAGGUGCAGAUCCAACCACCGUCGAUAGUAGACACCCCACAUUUCAAUCCCUCUUGGGGUUAUGACUUGAAUUUAUUGUCGCAUGCUGCGAGCCAUGUUGCAUUGGAAGGACAACAGGAGAGUCUGGAGUCGAUCAGGAAAACAUCGCAUUCGGUCGGCACGCCAUCCCAUUCCCUUCCUCAUGUUCCAGAGAGAGCGAUCACCGAUAAUUAUGGUCUAGAGCCCUCUAUAUUGGAUCUCACAGAUUUGGGUGACCCGGUCCAAGAUUUUACUGUCUUCUUAGAAAGUGUUGGCCUCUCCUCAGACUGGGAUUCGGGAGUAUUCUCCUCUGUUGAAGAACCAAUGCUACCCCCAGGUUUAUCCAUGGACUCGAAACAACAAGUAACUUCAUCAGGAAGGCUGGGUGGAGAUUUGAUGAGUGAUCCUCGAAUGCAAGUGGAUGAACACCCAUCAUUUUCCAACUUUGGAUCCCGAUUACCAUCGCUGCAGCCCGAAUCACAUGAGAUUGAAGAUCGCAUUGGCCUUCAGGAUGAAGGAUCUCGACCGGCUUGGGAUAUUUCAAAUGCUGAUCGUCAAAUAUUCGUCUCAAAACUUGAGGAAUUCUCAUUUGUUCUGCCAAAAGGAUUCGUGCCACCGUCUCGACAUGCCCUAUCCCGGUUUUUCGCUGGAUAUAUUAAUGGGUUAAAUGAACAUCUACCGUUUGUGCAUGUUCCCACUCUGUCUAUUGCCAAAUGCUCACCAGAGCUCACAUUGGCCACGGCCGCUGCUGGAUCGCAUUACCGAUUCGAAAAUGGUCGGGGAAUCGACUUGUUCCAUGCGGCAAAGGCUAUCUUGCUAGAACGCCUUCGUCGGCGGGAUAGUCGGCAAGUACCUCAUCCAUCUUGGAAUUACAUAUCUCCUCCUUCUGGGCAUUAUAAUUCACGUGGCUCUUCUAUGAUCUCAAAUACAACCAGCAGCCCCUUUCAAACACACCAUCAUCUGCCAAAUCCUCCUGUCAACGCGUCUAUCUAUACACCUGACGAUUCGGAUGCCCAUAUGGAAGUGAUCCGAACCUUCUUACUACUUACAGUGUUUGCCUCCUGGGAAAGACACCCAGAAUUGCUACGAGAAAUCCUCUCACUCCAAAGUACCCUGGCCAGGCUCGUUCGUGAACAUGGCCUGACGGAACCACCUCCCACUCCAGAUCCCAUCAGCUGGGAAGAAUGGGUGCGACGAGAAGGUAACAGACGAACAAAGAUGAUUGUCUACUGUUUCUUCAACCUGCACUCCAUCAUGUACAACAUUCCCCCGUUGAUUUUAAAUGGGGAGCUGAAGCUGAAUAUGCCCUGCUCCCAUGACUUAUGGAAAGCCAACAACGCCAUUCAAUGGCGUCGAGCGUACCGCACGCGGCAAGGCACCGAUGUCUCUUUCCAAGAUGCGUUUGCGCGGCUUUUCUUAAAAUCCUCUAUCUCGCACCCAUCAGCCCCAAUCUCUCCCCUGGGCAACUACAUCCUCAUUCAUGCCGUAAUUCAGCAAAUUUUCUUCGCCCGCCAGCUUUGUCUCUCUGCGCCGAAUAUGCAGGGCACCAGUUUAAGGCAAGAAGAUCUCAAUGUGCUGGAUAAUUCCUUGAGUGCCUGGAAAGCAUUGUGGAAACGAACCCCCGAAUCUAGCAUCGAUCCUCAAAACCCAGCGGGUCCUAUCGCAUUCACAUCAACUGCGCUCCUCGGCCUUGCUUAUAUUAGAUUGCACGUUGAUUUAGGCCCCUGUCGACACCUCAUCACCCAGGAUCCCAUGCAAAUCGCAGGGGCUCUAGCUGAAUCACCCCCGAUUGUUCGCAGUCCACGCCUAAUCAUGGCGCUGCUUCACUCUGCUCAUGCUCUCUCCAUUCCAGUCCGCCUGGGUAUCGACUUCGUGGCUCGCACACACUCCUUUUUCUGGAGUAUCCAACACUCUCUUUGCAGUCUUGAGUGUGCAUUCCUUCUAAGUCGCUGGUUACUCGCUAUUCCAGCAACGCAACCCGAACAGCGGCUUUCGGAACAUGAACGAAAACUUCUUUUGUGGAUUAAGAGCAUGAUGGAUGAAACUGACAUGGCUGUUGAUCCACCUGGUGCACCGGACUUGGAGUUCAUGGCUAAUCCUUUUAAGGUGCGCCAGCUGAGCGUGGCUAUUGUCCGCGUUUGGGCUCGCACUUUCAAGGGAAAUACCAGCUGGGCGAUUGUCGACCUGGUUGGAUCAAGCUUGGAUGCUUAUGCAGAUCUCUUAGAGAGCUAA